CUCAACGCGAUAGUUUAUAAACAUCGUAAAGUAUAUUAAUCAUGCGAUUUACGUACUACGAAAGUAAGUUUAUCUUCUUAUUCAGGCGGACACCAAAAUUUGAAAAGGUUGUAGAAAAUAUUUUUAUUUUUACAAAUGCUUUAGAAUAAUUGCUUGUGUGACAAUGGGACAGUCUAACAGUUUAGACCAUCAGGGGAUCCCUGUUAGUGAAAUAAAGAAUGAAGUGUUGAAGCAUGCAGCAGUAUUGACGGAAAUGGCUGUGUUAUCGUAUGAUAAUUUUCUACAAAUGGUUAAGGAACUAAACAGAAUAUCAGUGUCUCUUCCGGAUAAAAGUGGAAAAAAACUUGUUUUUCUUGUGAAGAAAAGAUCAGAUGCAUCAAUAUUUUGGAAGAGUACAGUGCGAAUAGCUUGUGUAAGGGUCAUUACAUCAUCUGGGAACAUCGAAACAUACAGACUUAUGGACCUCAAAGAGUUUCUUCAAGUCUAUAAAAUGGUGACUUAUCAUGCUAGUGCAGCUCCAGCAUCAUGUGAACCCAUCACGGAAGAUGCUGCCGGUUGCUCUCUGGAUGAAACUUCGGUAAAAGUACUGGAUAAGGGAGACAGUAGACACUGCUCUGUCCACAAAGAGUUUUUUGAUACAUCCGUUAUUUUAGAUGGAAUUAAUGUUUUUAAAGAAAUGUCAUUAUAUUUUCAGUUUUAA